GCCACCCUGUAUGGAUAUGACUCAUCAUCUACUUGUGGUCGUGGAAUUGAAUGCUGCCAUCCUCUGGUGGAGUUGAUCUUCAAGAGAUCCGACUAAUCAAUUACUAGAACGUCGACGUUGUGGCCUACUUUUUUACUAUUUUCGCCCUUUCACUAUGCUGGAUUUUUCUAAACUUUCUGUCCCUUUCACACUUUCCUGACAUCGCGCCUACGGCCUUCUAUCUGUUUGUUGGUUCACCAGGUAGGUUUUUUCUUUGUAGGGUUCGCAGGGCUGGCAUAUAUGGGCCACUCCACGGACCUUCCUGAUCCCGGCUAGUGCUGCUUGCCAGCCGCGGGGAAAAGGCUUUAAAAUCUCUUAAAGAGGGAGAACAAGGAACAACACACCAAUGAGAACUAUUCCUCUUGGAGAACAGCUCGGAGAAAACUGACUCGGACUCCACCGGCCAAGAAGUCAGGUUGCCCUUGGAGUUAAUUACAAGAGCGAGCGGUGGGCAAUUUCUUUUCCUUCGGGCUUACCUACUUCAGUUCCCACUACUCUUACCCGAGAGUUGCUCGUAUUUUCCUCUGUACUCCUCUUUUCUUGUAAUCGUUUACUUAUUAAUCAACGUGUUUCUACCAGCGUUGUGCUUUUGUCUCUUUUGGCUUGUGUUCUGACAGUAGCGAGAGGAAAAGGGAAAAAAGCGGAAUCAAGGUCAACCGCGGUCCACUUCCGCCCUAUAUCACUACUAACAUGUCGACCGACGUCAGACUCCAUGGCGAUCCUCAUACAGGCGCGAUAGAACAAGACAGCUCCAGAGUUUCUACCACCCAAGGUGCUCUCCCGGAUGUGGCAGUCCUCGGAUUGUCCGAAAAACCAUCGACUGAUGUCCCAAAUGCGCCUCUCAGCUCCGUUGAAGAUGCCGGGCAUCAGAUUCCGCCAGCGCCACAUCCCGGAUAUGAUCCUUCACCGGAAGAGCAAACGACUCUCGAGCAUGGUCAUGACAGGCCGUCCCUCGAAUCCCAGACCGACCACUCAGCGCACAGUGCCCCGAUGAGCCGUGUAACCACUGACGCUGAUGGGAAUACUUACCCCGAAGGCGGGCUAGAGGCCUGGCUAGUAGUGUUUGGUAGCUGGGCGGGCCUUUUCGCCGCGCUGGGUCUAGUCAAUACUAUAGGAACUUUUCAGGCUUACCUCGACAACCACCAGCUAAAAGAUUAUAGCUCGGGAAGCACUGGCUGGAUCUUUGGAAUGUAUGCCUUCCUCACCUUUUUCUGCGGUGUCCAGAUUGGCCCGAUCUUCGACGCCAAAGGCCCGCGAUAUCUUGUCUUUGCAGGAUCAGUAUUAGUCGUUGUGCAGAUGGCUACUCUGGGGCUUUGCACCCAAUACUGGCACUUCAUGCUUGUGAUUGGUGUCACCGGGGGCCUGGGGGCCUCGCUAAUUUUUACGCCAGCCAUAUCUGCGAUUGGUCAUUUCUUCAACGAGAAGCGUGGCGUUGCGACGGGCAUUGCUGCAACAGGUGGCUCUGUUGGAGGUGCUACGUUCCCCCUCAUUCUCGAAAAGCUGUUCCCAAUUAUUGGAUUUGCCUGGGCCACUCGUGUGGUCGGUCUAAUCUGUCUGAUUCUAGUGAUUCUUUCCUGCCUGCUGGUCAAGUCCCGAUUGCCCAAGAAGCCAGCUUCCAAAGAGAAUGUACUCCCCGACUUCCGCAUCUUUCGGGAGCCCAAGUUUGCUCUCACAACAGCUGGAAUAUUCUUCGUCGAAUGGGGUCUCUUCGUUCCGAUCAGUUAUAUUUCCUCGUACGCCUUGGCUCACGGUGUGUCCAGCCAAUUUUCGUACCAGUUAUUGGCAAUCCUUAACGCAGGGUCGUUCUUCGGAAGAUGGAUCCCUGGUUUUGUCGCCGAUUCCCUGGGACGCUAUAACACCCUAAUUGCCACUGUUGCUUUAUGUCUUGUCUGCAAUGCAUGCCUCUGGCUCCCUGCUGGCGAUAGCGUGCCAGUUAUGGUUGUCUACAGCGUUAUCUUUGGUUUUGCGAGUGGCAGUAAUAUCAGCCUCACCCCAGUUUGUAUUUCUCAGCUUUGCAAAAUCGAGAACUAUGGGCGAUACUAUGCUACAUCAUACACGAUUGUGAGUUUUGGGUAAGUCUAAGAAGCUCCCUGUGUCUUGUCCAAGCAUGGAAGAUGCCGAGUGUAGUAAGAGCUAACGACCCCUUAUUAUAGCACCCUUACUGGUAUCCCGAUUGCGGGUGAGAUCCUAUCGCGCUGUAACGGAGAAUACUGGGGACUCAUUGUCUUCACGACCUGUUGUUAUGCAGUCGGCCUAGCCUGUGUUACUGCUGUGAAAAUAAUCCACGUUGGCUGGCGUCAGCCCUGGGCACUUUACUGAAGCCGGCACCAACUUGGAGAAGCUCUCUUGUGGUUCAAUUACGCCUGAGUUGCGGAAUGAAGAACCUAAAUUUGAAAAAGGCGAAGCGAAAAAAAAUUGGCAAAAGAAGUGGAAUCUCGUUUGAUUCAAGAAUGACG